UGGAGAAGGAACAAAAAUUUUAUCCGUUUGUUAAUCUAGUCGUAUGAAGUUAUAGAAUAAGAAUGGAUAAAUUUGGGGUUGUGGCUCCUAUCUUUUCUGUGUUCAGUUUUGGUGAGUGCCUUUUUCUCUCAAAUUUCCAACAUAGGAUCUUUUGGUCUAAAAUCAUGUCUAAAUUAAGAAAACAAAACUGAAAACCAAAGCCAGAUCAUUCAUUCUUCCAUCACUUGUAUUCCUCUUUCUCUCCUUCUCUGGAAACCAAGCCAUGCAUACCAGAAAACUGAACAAAACACAAUAAGGAUUCAAUCUCUCUCCCUUUCUGAGAGGGAGAGAUUAUCUUCCAUUCUCUCUGUUAUCUUUAGGCCUCUUGAAUUCGGUUCCUCUCCCUCUCUCUCUGUUUGGUUGGAGUGUUGGGAGGGAGAGGGAGGGAGGGAGAGAAAGGGGAGAGAGAGAAUUGUCUGCUGGCGUUGUACAAAGAGGGAGAGGGGAUAAGGGAAAGGGGAAAAAGGAAACUGUGAAAAGGCCAACCCCAUUUGAGUUGCAAUGCAUUUCUCAAUCAGAAUUCCUCAGUGUAAGGUAUGGAUCUCCCUUGUGUAUUCAAUGUUGUUGUUCUCUCUGUCCCUCUCCGAUCCUCGAAUCUCCCAAGCAGGCCUACUUUGUGGAGACACAAAGUCGGCCCCAUCCAUCUACAUCCCAAAUUUCAUUCAAGUCAUGGAAGCUAUCGCCAAAAGUAUGGUGCAACAAGGCUGGGGAUAUGCCAACAUCACAAAAAGUCCUGUGAUUUUCGGGUUAUCCCAAUGCUACAGUGAUCUCUCAAAGGAUGAUUGCCUCUCCUGCUUUGCUGAGAGCCGCACCAAGCUCCCCAGAUGCCUUCCUGCCAUUGCAGCUCGAAUAUAUCUUGAUGGUUGCUUCCUUCGCUAUGACAAUUACAGCUUCUUCAACGAGAGCAUUGACCCGAAUCAUGAUAUGGUUAGGUGCAGUGAGCCAAGUGGCGUUCUCAAGGAUAAUUACACGAGAUCGGAGUUCUCGAAGAAAGUUGAUGAAGUGAUCAAUAACGUAACUAAAACAGCUGUGCAGAAGCAGGGUUUUGCGGUGGCAGGGAUGAAAGGAGGAGCGGUUGUGGCCUAUGCAUUGGCACAGUGUUGGAAGACAGUUGAUCAGAAGGGGUGUAGAGAUUGCUUGGUGAAUGCUGAGUCUGCAGUGAGAAGGUGUCUGCCUGGUUCCGAGGGGAGGGCUCUGAAUGCUGGCUGUUAUUUGAGGUAUUCUACUGAGAAAUUUUACAAUGACGGCACAGCAAAAAAGAGUGGUAAAGGAUUGUCUGACACUGGGAUGAUCAUCGCAUUCAUUUUAUCAGUACUCGCGGUUUGCUUGCUCGCUUUCCUUGGUGCUUUUGUUGGCUACAUACUCUUAUCAAAGAGAAAAAGAAACAACAAUAAUGCUCUUGCUCGGAUUCCAACAUGUAUAAACAGGUCUGACCUGAAUUUCAAGUAUGAAACACUUGAGAGGGCAACUAAUUUUUUUGAUUCUUCAAGGAAGUUAGGCCAAGGGGGAGCAGGAUCUGUAUUCAAGGGGACUCUCCCUGAUGGGAGAACUGUUGCUGUAAAGAGAUUGUUCUUCAAUACGCGUCAAUGGGUGGAUGAGUUCUUCAAUGAAGUGAACUUGAUCAGCAGAAUUCAACACAAGAACCUUGUGGGACUUCUGGGUUGCAGUAUAGAAGGUCCAGAGAGCCUUCUAGUUUAUGAAUAUGUACCCAACAAGAGUGUUGAUCAAAUCCUUUUUGGUAAAGACGGCACCCAAGGUCUAAGCUGGCAGCAGCGGUUUGAGAUCAUCGUCGGAACAGCUGAGGGGCUUGCGUAUCUUCAUGGAGGUUCUGAAGUGAAGAUUAUUCACAGAGACAUAAAAGGCAGCAACAUACUGCUUGAUGAGAAUCUUAAUCCAAAGAUUGCUGAUUUUGGACUUGCAAGAUGUGUGGCUCCUGAUAAAUCUCAUGUUAGCACUGGAAUUGCUGGGACACUGGGGUAUAUGGCACCUGAAUAUCUUGUUCGUGGGCAGUUAUCAGAGAAAGCAGACGUUUAUGCCUAUGGUGUGCUGAUUCUUGAGAUUGUAUGUGGUAGGAAGAACUGUAUUUUUGUGCAGGGGUCAGACUCAGUUCUGCAAACAGUUUGGAAGCAUUAUAAAUCAAAUAGCGUUGUCCGAUCUGUGGAUCCCUCCUUGAAAGGUGAUUUUCCACUGAAUGAGGCAAGAAAUGUGGUUCAGAUUGGGCUGCUGUGCACGCAAGCUUCCUUUGCAUUAAGGCCAUCCAUGUCCCAAGUAGUUCAGAUGCUAACCGAUCAAAACAGUGUGAUUCCUGAACCUAUGCAGCCUCCAUUCCUGAAUGCCAGUGUUCUAGACCCGAGCAAUUCCCUCAAAAAUUCUAUUACCAGAAACUUGACUCCAUCUUUUCACACAGCAACUGAACCACCAUCCACUCAUUCAAGCAAUUCCUCUGCUAUGGCUAGCCAGGAAUCAUACACUCCUUCAGCAAUGGAUGUAUCAGGACCAAGGUAGAUUUCAGUCUAUAGAGGAUCAGAAACACAUGUUAGCAGGGUCAAGGGACUGGUUUUGGCAGCCAUGGAAAUGGACUUCUAAGAAUCCAUUCAAUGUGGCUGUGUUUAUUACUCCAACAGUUGAUUAAGUUGCAGAGACGCAGGAUAGGGAAUCAAGCUAAUGAGAUGUUGGGGAUUUAUUGCACAUAACAUCAACAAUACAAAAAAGGUUGUUCUUGUGUAGAUAAGGCUUGAGGGUAUUGCAUAAGAAUUUUGGUUCUUUUGUUGUAUCUUACUUUUUCAUUUCUAAGUAGAGGGGGAAAUUCAUAUUUCAGCUUUUAGAUUUUUAUCAUCAUCUUGUUACACUACUUUUCCUGUCAGUUAGUUUGUUUUUUGUUGUUUUAGACAUGAAUGUAUAUCUCUUCCUUUUUGCCACUUCUUCAUGUGUUCAACCAUUUGUUUAAUUUCUGUUGGAACCAAAGGUGAGAUUCAUGGUGAUCUAUGUGCUAUAAUGUGAAAACCUUUAUGAAUUGGGAUCAAUGCAUUGUUAGGAAAAA